AUGAGGACAGGCGCAGCGAUCUACGACGCCAACCGCAUCACCGACGCUAAAGCCAAACAGGAGGCUCGAAAAUCUCAACCGCGCCUAUGCCGCAACGCCAACGCUCAACCGUCCCUGACCUGCCCACGCUGCCAGUGGACGUUCCGGGCACAAAUCGGUCUCACCGGACACCUUACCAACUCCAACACCCGGAAUACAGUUGCUGUCUCCUUGUCCAACUCUGCCUCGGCCUCCACGUCGACAAUAAGCACUGACCGCGCUACCAAACACCCACUGCCCUCCUCCUCCUCCUCCUCCUCCUCCUCCUCCGCAGCCUCAAGACCUGCUGCGGCGGCUCCUGUACCCACCACCCCUGCACACAAUCUAGACACACAAACAAACACCAAAUGA